AUGGUGAAUGAUUUUAUAGUAAAGAAACAAGGAUAUCAGCAAGAACUACUUGCCGGCCUAUUCACUACCAAUACUCCGUCGUUCGGUGGCAUGCAGGCGCCUGUUGAUGUCCAAGAAUUCCCAACACCUCAACAAGGCCUUGUUUUAGACCUCAUGGAAAAGCAGACACAACCGACUGAUCAAACGUUGAAUUUUCCACCGAGCGAAUCAGACGCGCAGCAGUCCGGUGUGCCGAUUCUGCUUCAGAAGACGACAGUUGCCAUGACACCUGAUUCCAAAUUACCAGCGGGCUUCUCGUUGAACUUCCAGCAUUUCUAUACGGGUCCAAUUUCUGAAACAAAACUUGAGCAUCCAACAUAUACCGUGCCUGAACCGCAUCCAGUCACGCCCGAUUGGACGGAUGGAAAGCCCAGUAGACAACACUUUGCGGUGCCAGUGACGCCAUAUCCGAAGAAGAUCUAUCCAUUUCCGGUUCCGUUCCUCAGUCCGCCUACAGGAGUCAAUCGAGCGUACGCUGUCGGGUACAAUUUCACGCUGCCGUCGUUGGGCGCGGCGGAUCAGGAAGAUCAGGCUACCUUACCACUUGGUAUUAUAACCGCUCUUCCACGGUGGACCAACGCCCCUCCUUACAAAGCUCCGGUACCGAAACCAAACGUUUUGACCGCGCCUGUCGAAUCGCCCAAGGAAUUUGUCGAUGGCAGCACGAUCCUCGUUGAACAGCCUUCUACAAAGGAACGCGGAGAAGAGAGGCAUGAGGAAAACACCAAAAAGUUCGGCGACGUAUCUUUCAGUGAUUUCCUAGAAAACGACUCCACGGGGCCGACCACUUCGAUGAGCGUUGGAGCCAAAGCGGUGCUGGCCUCGUGCCUGUCGAUCGUCGUGCUGGUCAUCGCCACGGCGCUGGUAUUGCUAUACGUCGUCAAGCGACGCAACGCCAGCCAUGGCGCACAGUCGAUCGAUGACAGCAUACCGUAUGGAUUUUCCAAGUCUCAGAACCUCGCCUUCUCCUCGCCUGAUUACGGUAGCUCCAUGUACUUCGAACAGGCGCCAUCGCCGGACGAAGGCAACACUGGCGCCGCACCAUACAUCCCACAUCCACUCAAGUGGACUUACACGCCGACCUACGCCGCGCCAACACGUUACCAUUAA